AUGCGGUUAGGGAUAUUCUUGCUAGCAGCAGCAGCUGCCAUUGACUUUCCUGCUCUUGCUUAUCCCUGGCAGGAGACUCCAUUGACACCUAGAUCCGCAAGCUUAAGAUCCCGGAGUGGGCACCAACGAAGGACCACCGAGAGCCAGGCGACUUGCAGCUACGACAAAGAAGUCAGCGUGAAGGCACCUCGCAAAAACGUUUUCCUCGGUUUGGAAGGCAGUGAAGUCGCUGCGGUGACCAAAUUUCUUCAUGACCAGCCAACACUUAAUCUAACCGCGGCAAGCAAUGCUACCAGCUGGGACAACAUAAUUGUGCUUGUUGAGCUAUUGCAGCCGAAUAAAUCAAAUGCGUUGCCGUACUUAAAUGAUAACGGACCUGCUCCGGAUCGCUAUGCUAGAGCUGGUAUACAAUUCAGGGCAACUGAAGAACCCUACGUCCAAGAUUUUAUGGUUGGGCCUCUCCCGGUUUCAAGUCGAACAACGGUGCAGCCGCUCAACUAUAUCUACAACAAGGGUAUAGGGAAACAACGGAUAUUCCAUACUGAUUUGGAAGAGGAGAUAAAGUUUUAUAAAAGAGUCGGUGCUAGUGUUGCUGAUAUUACUCGUGAUCUAUGGAAUGGCACCUUCAUGGGUUUGCAGAAUGAUACCCUUUUUAUGAAGGGUUUCGAGCCUCUUUGGAUCGAUGAUCGUUCCGUCGUAACGUGGUGCCAGUUCUGGAAUUACCCCACUGGCACACCUGAUGAUCGUGCCGCACUGCUUCCUCUUGGCUUAUACGUAAAAUUGAACAUAGCCGGAAGAGAUCCAGCUAAAUGGGCAGUACUCGGAUGGUUUUAUAAUGGCAUAUUUUACAAAAGUACCCAAGCGUUUCGGAGGGCUUACUUCUCUCCUGGAUUUGAGAAGCUUUAUGCAAACAUUGACGGAGCUUGGGCCCAGCUGAGUAGAGAUGGUGAGCCUUUUCGACAUGACACAAUCGCCGCUCCAUUGCAGGUUCAGCCAGAAGGGGCGCGAUUUGCUGUUGAUGUACCUGAAAAAUACGUUGAGUGGAUGGACUUUUCCUUUUAUAUCGGAUUCAGUAGAGAUACUGGGAUGCGACUCUUCGACAUUAGGUACAGAGGUGAGCGGAUAAUAUAUGAAUUGGGGCUUGAGGAAGCGCUCUCUCACUAUGCCUCAAAUGAUCCAAUGCAGUCGGGUGUUGCGUUCUUGGAUUCUUUUGAAGGGUUUGGCCGUGUGGCCUAUGAACUCGUGAAAGGCUACGACUGUCCAUUCCAUGCGAAAUUCCUAAACACUUCGUUCUUCACUGACGAGCAAACCCGCAUACAUAAGAAUAGCAUUUGCUUGUUUGAGAUGGACACUGGCCACCCCCUCCAGCGCUAUGCGUCGUCGCAUACUAUUAGUAUUACUAAAAACAUGGUCUUCACUGUCCGGAGCGUCAGCGCUGUAGGCAAUUAUGAUUUCAUUUUUGAUUACGAAUUCUACCUCGAUGGUUCGAUCCAUGUGACGGUUCGUCUUUCAGGAUAUAUCCAGGCGGCGUACUGGGCGCAUAAUGCCGAUUAUGGAGUCAGGAUUCGCGAGAGUCUUUCGGGGUCGAUGCAUGACCAUGUGAUCAAUUACAAAUUGGACAUGGACGUUAACGGCACCGCGAACAGUCUAAUGAAGGCGACUGUUAUUCCCACGAAAGAACAAUACCCGUGGUCAGACGGACAAUGGCGACAUACAAUGAAACUAGACAAGUCCUUCAUAACAAAUGAGCGACAUUCGAAGAUCAACUGGGAUCAAAACCAGGCCACUUCGUAUUUCAUUGUAAACAAAGAUGCACCAAAUAAAUAUGGAGAGUAUCGAGGGUAUCGGAUUGCUCCUGAUGAUUUUGCAGCGACAAGUGCGACAUCGUAUCUCACAGUGAAAAAUUCAGACAAUUUGAAGAAAAGCGGUGGCUGGGCUACGCACAAUCUUUAUGUUCUGAAAAACAAAGACACCGAGCUUCAUAGCCAUUCUCCAUAUAAUAACCUCGAUGCUGGAAAACCAGUCAUUGAUUUCAACAAAUACUUCAAUGGAGAGUCAUUGGAUCAAGAGGAUUUGGUUCUCUACUUUAAUUUGGGAAUGCACCAUGUCCCCGACACUAGCGAUUUGCCCAACACAGUGACAACAAAUGCCCAUUCUUCCCUGGCCAUUGUCCCCCAUAAUUACCUUCCUUCAAACCCCUCACGAGCUACUCGUCAGCAGGUCCGUGUGACGUUUGGAAACGAUAAACCAACGCAAGUGGAAACGUUUGGAAGUGGCCAGGCCAAAUGCAGUUUUGACAUGCAAAACGCGAUCCCCGACCUCUCGGAUUAUAAGGGUGAUGUUGUCAUUCCAAAAUACCCAUUCUACUUGCCUGGGAAUGCGACGUACGCGUCCUGA